UGCAACAGUGAAGCAAGCAGAGCAGAGCAGUGAGCAAGCUCACCAGCAUUAGAAAGAACGGGAGAACCACAAACCCAUUUUUCUGUGUCCUUUUUGGUUUUUUCUUUCUUUCUUUUUGCAUCUCCAAGAAAAAAAAUCAUGGCUUCAACCAAUCUAAUACUCUCCUCAAUCCUGUUGCUCCUUUUGGUCGGUUUUGCAACCUCCGAUAUUAACCAAGACAGAGCAGAUUGUACGGACAAACUCGUUGGUCUCGUUGGUUGUCUCACCUACGCCAGUGGCGAAGCCUCAGCCCCCACCAUGGAUUGUUGCUCUGGUCUUAAACAAGUUAUCGACAAGAGCAAGAGGUGCCUCUGCGUCCUCAUCAAGGAUCGUGAUGACCCAAGUCUUGGCCUCAAGAUCAACGUUACCCUCGCUCUUAAACUCCCAGAAGUUUGCAAAACACCCACUAACAUAACUCAGUGUGUCGAUCUUUUGCAUUUGCAACCUAACUCCCCCGACGCUAAGGUGUUUGAAGGCUUUGACAAAGCCCAGACCAACAAAACUAGCCCUUCUUCGGGCCCUGCUGGUUCUGCAACGGGAACACCAUCAAGUGGUGCGAACAAGAAAUAUGGAGGGUGGGGAAAGAAGUGGGUGGUGACAGAAGUGGUAUGUGGAAUUUUACCCUUAGUGUUUGUAUCCAAUUUGGUGUUGUUGAUGGUUUGAAGGAUGAAGAUGGAAGGCUGGUGGUUGUGUCUUUUAAUGUUCUGGUUUCAUGUGUUGUGCAUAGAUAUGUUGAGGAUGCAAUAUGUAAUUUGUUGGUUCUAGUAGCUAGCUAGGUCGUGUGUUGUCUUUUUCCUCUAGUUAUUAUCUUCGGUGUGCCCAUCCUCUUUUGUUUCUCAGUGAUUAAUUUUCCAACUAAUGGAAGCAUUCAGAGGGACCUCUUAUUUAACCUCCAUAA